AUGACUGAUUCAAAAUAUUUCUCAAGUCAACGUAAAGGCGAAAUUUACGAACUGAAAGCUGAAUUGAAUAGCGAUAAACGCGACCGUAAGAAGGAAGCGGUGAAAAAAGUUAUCGCGAGCAUGACUGUAGGCAAAGAUGUCAGUCAAUUAUUUCCUGAUGUCGUCAAUUGUAUGCAAACAGAUAAUCUCGAGUUGAAAAAGCUUGUCUACCUUUAUCUAAUGAACUAUGCAAAAACUCAACCUGAAAUGGCCAUUUUAGCGGUGAACACAUUUGCCAAAGAUUGUAAUGAUCCAAAUCCGUUGAUUCGAGCUUUAGCUGUGCGUACGAUGGGUUGUAUCCGGGUGGAUAAGAUUACGGAACAUUUAUGCGAACCAUUACGGAAAUGUUUAAAAGAUGAAGAUCCUUAUGUACGAAAAACAGCGGCAGUUUGUGUUGCGAAAUUGUAUGAUAUCAAUCAACAAUUGGUUGACGAUCAAGGCUUUCUUGACAUGCUAAGAGAUUUGUUAUCGGAUUCAAAUCCUAUGGUCGUUGCAAAUGCUGUUGCAGCACUGAGUGAAAUUUCGGAACAAUCACCACAAAUUAAAAUCUUUGAUUUGAAUGGUCCGACAGUGAAUAAACUGUUGACAGCGUUGAACGAAUGUACAGAAUGGGGACAAGUUUUCAUUCUUGAUGCUAUUGCCAAUUAUGCACCUCGGGAUGAUAAAGAAGCUCAAAGUAUUUGUGAACGUAUUACACCACGCCUCGCUCAUGCCAAUUCAGCGGUUGUGCUUUCCGCCGUGAAAGUUUUAAUGAAAUUUUUAGAAUUAAUCGAUCAAAAUAGUGAAUUUGCUCAAAAUUUAUUCCGUAAAUUAGCACCACCAUUGGUUACACUCUUGUCAACAGAACCAGAAAUUCAAUACGUUGCUCUACGAAAUAUCAACUUAAUCGUACAAAAACGAUCGGACAUUCUUAAAAAUGAAAUGAAAGUGUUCUUCGUGAAAUACAAUGAUCCAAUCUACGUCAAACUUGAAAAGCUUGAUAUUAUGAUUCGUUUAACUAAUGCAACUAACAUUGCUCAAGUUUUGGCGGAAUUGAAAGAAUAUGCUACGGAAGUCGAUGUGGAUUUCGUUCGUAAAGCAGUUCGUGCUAUCGGCCGGUGCGCAAUCAAAGUCGAGCAAGCAGCGGAGCGAUGUGUCAGCACAUUAAUUGAUUUGAUUCAAACCAAAGUCAACUAUGUCGUUCAAGAAGCGAUCAUCGUCAUUAAAGAUAUAUUCCGGAAAUAUCCGAAUAAAUAUGAAAGUAUCAUUGCAACUUUGUGUGAAAAUCUUGAUUCACUCGAUGAACCGGAAGCUCGUGCAUCGAUGAUCUGGAUUGUUGGUGAAUACGCUGAACGUAUCGACAAUGCUGAUGAAUUGCUUGAAGGUUUCCUUGAUGGAUUCAAAGAUGAAAACAAUCAAGUUCAACUGCAAUUAUUAACAGCAAUUGUGAAAUUAUUUCUGAAGAAGCCAACAGAAACUCCUCAAGAGUUGGUCACACGCGUCUUAACUGUAGUUACACAAGAAACUGACAAUCCAGAUUUACGUGACCGGGGUUAUAUCUAUUGGCGACUUUUAUCCACAGAUCCCAAGGCAGCAAAAGAAGUGAUUCUUGCAGAGAAACCACUUAUUUCCGAAGAAACCGAUCUACUUGAACCAACACUACUCGGUGAACUUAUCUGUCAUAUUGGUACAUUGGCGUCGGUAUAUCAUAAACCGCCAAAUACAUUCGUCGAAGGACGAUUUAUGACGAAAAAGAAUUUACCACUCCGCUCUGGAUUUAGCAAUAACGAUGGUGAAAGCAUGGGUAAUGGUGCAGUGCCAAGCAAUUACCAAGAAUCUGUCGUUAUCAGCAGUAAUGUUGGCUCAUUAAUAGAUGAUUUCGACAUUUUGGGUCCUAUGCCAAAUGCUCCGACAACGACGACAGAUAUGCUCUAUGGUCAAUCACAACAACGCGCACCAUCAGCUAUACCGAAUCUACUCGACGAUGAACUCUCAUCUAUUCUUGGCACGGAUAUCAAUAUGGGCGGUGUUCAAACAACGCCAACAACAACGAUGACAAAUACAUCAGCGCCAGCAAGUCGUCCAACAACAACGGCCACAAGUGGUGGAAAUCUACUCGAUGAUCUAUUCGGUGAUUUAAAUCUCAGCUCAGGUGCACCAGGUAUUUCGUUCUCGUCGGCGAAUACAUUUGCUCUACCAAAAGAAAUUUGGUUAUCUGCUCAAAAAGGCAAAGGUAUGGAAAUCUCCGGCACAUUCGCUCGUCGCAACAAUCAAAUUGUUAUGGAAAUGGAUUUUAUCAACAAAGCCUUGCAACCCAUCAGUGACUUCGCCUUACAGAUCAAUCGCAAUAGUUUCGGUUUAAUACCAACGCAACCAUUACACGUUACCAGUCCAUUAUUUCCCAAUCAAACAGUUUCUGCAACUUUAGCAUUGAAUACAACAGGAUCGAUAGCAAAAUCAGAUCCAUUAACAAACCUCCAGAUCGCUGUGAAAAACAACAUUGAUGUUUUUUAUUUCAACGCUAUUGUUCCCAUUCAUGUUUUCUUUGUCAGCGAUGGUGAAAUGGAUAAAAUGACAUUUUUACAAACUUGGCAAGACAUUCCUGAGAGUAACGAAGUCAAACAUCAAUUGCAAAACUCUAAUAAUCUAUCGAUUGAUGAUUUACAAAAUAAAUUGCGUUUGAAUAAUGUUCAUACGAUCACGCGAACAACAAUUGAACAAAAUGAAAUGCUUUAUCAAACAAUUAAACUGACAAAUGGCAUUUUCGUUCUAAUUGAAUUGAAGACAUCACCGGGCAAUCGAACGAUCGCUUUUUCAUUGAAAACAAGGGUUCCCGAGAUCGCCAAUUUAAUUGUUCAAUCUUAUGAACUGAUUCUUAGUAGUAACUAA